GCUCCCAGUCUCACCGUUAUGACCGCAACCACGUGGUGAAGUCAGCCCAAUAUAAAUCUCUCUCUCCAACCGGUUGCCUUCAUAUGCGUGUGUGCGCGCUGGCACGGGGACCACAGUUUUCCACCAGGAGGAAUGGAGGAGCGCGUAAACUGAAGGGGAAAUAACUUUCGUCAGCUCUUACACCAGUGUGUCACCUCAUUCAGUAUUCUUCCCAUUUUUAAACUUAGAUCUGCGUAAGGACGCUGGGUGAAAGUCUGAUUUUCUUCAGCACAUACCGGUGCCAAACGCGUUAACCUGUGCGCCAAAAGAGCGGCGAUGCGCCUUGCGGUAGUGAGCGGAGUCUUCGCAUGUUCUCGUAUACAGUGAGAGCGAGUGAAAGGCAAAGGCGCGACUGUGCGGGGGUUUGGAGAGAGUUUGCGGCGCUCUGAUGCGGCGAAGGUGCGCAAAAACCCCGCAGGCUCCGCGUCUUUCAUCUGCAGUGCUUUGAAAAACUUUUGUUUGGGCAUUUGGCCACAUCGAUGGCUGUUUUGCUGUCCCAUGAGUUUGUACUUUUUAAAGUUUGCACUCACUAUGAAGUGAUUUUGUAAUGAAGAUCUUGUUUUUUCACCCGCACAUCACGGAUUUGACACAUCAUUUCAUGCUGUCACAUUUGCGGGAGUUGCAGGUACGAUAAAACGUCACAUUUGUAUUUGAUGAUAGCUCGAAAAAACCGAACGUUGUGCCAUUAAUUAUACUUUAUUGAAAUGAUUGGGGUUUCUACUUAACUUAAUUCACUGAAUAUCAUUUUUAAAAGUCACUAUUGGUACUGAAACAAAAGCACAAAAUGAACCUGUACAUCUUGAGUCUUUUUCUGACCUUGGAUUUAGCCACGGUGGCCGUCAGUUUAUCCACAUGCAGCACUCUGGACAUGGAUCAGUUCAAAAAGAAGCGAAUCGAGGCCAUCCGUGGUCAGAUACUCAGUAAACUAAAGUUAAGCAGUCCUCCCGAGAGCUAUCCCGAGCCCGAGGAGGUGUCCAGGGACAUCAUCGCCAUCUAUAACAGCACACGGGACCUGCUGCUGGAGAAAGCCAACGAGCGCGCGGCCACCUGCGAGAGACAGCGCAGUGAAGAGGAGUACUACGCCAAAGAAAUACACAAGAUAGACAUGCAACCACCCUUCUAUCCUGCCGAGAAUGUCAUCUCUCCAACACAUUACAAUCUGUACUUCCGGAGGCUAUUGUUUGAUGUGAGCUCUAUGGAGAAGAAUGCCUCAAACCUGGUGAAGGCAGAGCUCAGGAUCUUCAGGCUGCAGAACUCAAAGGCUCGUGUGUCUGAACAGCGGAUCGAGCUUUAUCAGAUUUUAGGUCAUAAAGACCUCACCACACCCACGCAGCGCUACAUCGACAGCAAGGUGGUGCGCACACGAAGGGAGGGGGAGUGGCUUUCUUUUGAUGUGACGGAGGCAGUCAGUGAGUGGCUACUACACAGAAACAGAAACAAUGGAUUCAAGAUCAGCCUGCACUGUCCCUGCUGCACAUUUGUGCCGUCAAAUAAUUACAUCAUCCCCAACAAGAGCGAAGAGCUUGAGACACGCUUUGCAGGUAUAGAUGACAGCAUAUUGCACGGAUCGGAUCUGAAGUAUAAGAGGCGCCGUAACAGUGGUCAGUCUCCACACCUUCUCCUGAUGUUACUUCCAUCAUACCGUCUGGAGUCCCAGCACAAGAGCCACAGACAGAAACGAGCUCUUGACGCAGCCUUCUGCUCCAGGAACGUGCAGGAUAACUGCUGUUUACGCUCUCUCUACAUCGAUUUCAGGAACGAUCUGGGCUGGAAGUGGAUCCACGAACCGAAAGGUUAUAACGCCAACUUCUGUGCAGGGGCCUGUCCGUAUCUGUGGAGCGCAGAUACUCAGCACAGCAAGGUUCUCGGCCUCUAUAACACCAUUAAUCCAGAUGCGUCUGCGUCUCCAUGCUGUGUGUCUCAGGAUCUGGAACCCCUCACAAUCCUUUACUUCAUCGGCAAAACUCCCAAAAUCGAGCAGCUCUCCAACAUGAUUGUCAAGUCCUGCAAGUGCAGCUAGGAACGGAUCACCUCCAUUAUUACCAACACACAUUCACACACACGCACGCACACACACGCACACACGCACGCACACACGCACACACGCACACACACACACACACACACACACACAAACAUGCAAUAAGACACACAGAUAUGCUGGGCGGAGUGUCAAGGUACAACAGAAUAAUGUUCCUAUGACAAGUACACACCCUCAAAAACACUCAGAAACCAAGAUGAUACAUAGUGUGUGGAUUUGUGUACUUGUGCUGGAAACAGGCCCUAACGGCAUGCGUCACAUCACACACUCAUCACUCUAUGGAUGUGAGUUUGGCAAACACUGGAAGUAUGUGAUAGGUAUCUAUAUGUGAAGCAAGCGGAAGAGAAAAUCCCUUGUUCCAACAUUUAUUUCAAACAAAUACUUCUUUCUGUUAUUUUGUCAUUGUUGUUAUUGUCAUUGUUGAUUUUGUUUCCCUCAAGAAUAAAGAUCUUUUUGUUAAUAUUUAAAACCCAUGAUUUUAUUACCAGAUGUAGUGACAAACCUCGGUGACUAGGUGUCCAAUAUAGUUCACCUCUACUGGCAAUGAGCAAAAAAGGUCUGGAAAACAUUUGUGGCAAACUGUUUGGUUCGCUGCAUAUUAACCACAAAUGAAGUUCAAGAUGGCCACAAGUUUUUGCAGGGGGUUGGAGCUGACAAUAGAAAGAUGGAAAAUUGUAAAGUAUUGGCGGUAGUGUUAGCCUCAGAAGGACUAAGAUUCGUGUGAAUUCUAGAACAGCAAGGCCUGUUAUUUAGAGCAACAAGGAAGUUUUGUUUAUCGUAAACAGCCCUUUAGGACAGUUCUCAAGUACGCAAAAACACGGGCUUGGCCAUGCGUCGCAUUCCUCUACAGUGGUAACAAACCUUACUACUCAGCGGGCGAUAAAGGUACCUUAAAAAGUCUGUGCUUUAAACUGCAUUUGUUACUUGAUGUAAACAUGUCUACAGUCAACUAAUUCAAACUGACUUGCUCAGCAACAUUCUCUUCAAACUUUGCCAUGAGAGAAUCUCACCUACGUGCAAAAAAUGACUGCAAAAAGACAGUUUACGCUAUAGUGCCACUUGCAGUAACGUUACGAAUGCAAACCUCCGAAUAAUUUAAAUCUGAACUCAUUUUUCAAAGCGAAAUUUCUGAUCUUGCAGGCCAGUUGUGAGUGCUACACUGGGAUAAAGCAGCAGAUCUGGAAUAACUUAGUGAGACUUUACAGUGCAUACGUUUUAAAAUACAGAAAGUGCUUGGAGAACGUUAUAAUGCUCUUCUCCAAAAGUUAUACUAAAAAUUAUCAUAUUCCAGGAUCAAUUAAAAUGCAAAUCUCACCUUUUACCUCUUAAGCUUUCUGCAGGCACAAACAGCACAAUGUUCAUAAAUAAGGUGCAUACUUUAAUGGCUAAUUUAUUUAGAAAGGAGACUUGGGGCCAGUUGCAUAAACAUAGUCACUAAGUUGAGACAGUGUCUUGACAACUAGUCUCACUGACUAGCAAUAAAUUAGGACUAAUUAGUCUUUUCAGAUUUCAAUUAGAUCAAUCUACCUUAUGUUAUUGUUAAAGAUAAGUUAUGACCAGUCUUGAAGAAAAAAAUGUGAUGACUAUCAUGUAAGACUAGUCUAUUCAGUUUAUGCAACCGGCCCUUGUUGAUCUUGAUGCAGAUUUGAUCAUUAGAGUUGCUUAUCACCAUGACAGUACAGGUGCAGGCUGUGAUGAGGGAGGUGAUGUCAUGAGACAGAUUAAGAGGCUGGGGUCAAAGCAGGUAAUUCACAUUGAUGCAUGAAAUGAGAGGGGUGAUGAUUCUGAAAUGAUUCAGAGAUUAAUAUGAAAGGUAGAUAUUUAAGAAUGUGAAGACAUAAAAGAGAGGUAGAGUAAGUGUAAAUCAUGAGGGAUGGGUAACCCGGGUGUGUCCUAUUUCAGCAGCUUCACAAAUGCUUGCGUACAUGUUUAUAAAGAGAACCAUUUUCACAUCUCAACCUGUCUUUCUGAAUUUGUGAUUUAAUUUUCUCUCAUUGGAAAAGAAAUCGUAUAUUACAAAUAAUUGCACUGAAUAUUUUAUUUCUACCUUUUUUAUUUGUAACUAUUGUUUGUUGUUUUUUUAUCCGUAGUUAUAGCUUCACCCAAUGUAUCAUGAGCUGAUUAUGUAAAUGGCAUUCAGGUGAAGGUUCCUCUUUUAACCAGUUAUAAUUCUAACCAGUUUAAAAGAGCAACCUUCACCAAUGCCCAGGAUUUUUGGUGAAACUUAUUUUAUUUUACAAGGGCAAGAAAGCCAGUGGACUUCCUGGAAAUACAGGAAGUGGAAGGAGACACCAGCAUUGUCACACCAGAGCUGUUUAUUGUUAUUGUUGUCUAUGAUGAUGUUGUUAUUGUUGACCCACUACGGUGUAUUGUAACACAUUACUGUUGUGGUGCUCUAGUGGCAAAUAAAUUAUUUAAGUGACAAAGGGA